AAACACAAGGCGAGUCACAGGACAUUUCCAUAAAUGUCAGUUUUGUCUAAAGCCACAAAACAAUAAAACACAUGAUAAUUGAUAACAUGAUAAUGUAGAAACUUGACAAUCGAUAAGAAAUAAUCUUUUCAGGUACUGGUUAUUUUUAUGCAGAAUUUUGUUUCUUAUCUCAACAUCCUUUCGUUCGAAAAAUAUGUUUGUUGUUUCUUCAUAAACUCAUCUGGGUAAAGACAUCUGGCUGACGAAAUUGUGUCAACGUUAAUGGUUUACUUUCGAAAUGGAGCAAAACAACCGCGACAAUAAAGACCGAAACAUUGACUGGUCAAGGUUCGGCUUGGGUACAGAAACAGCACAAAGGGUUCGUGGCAACGUCGGCGGAUUUGUGGAUUUGUCCAACGAUUACGGAGCUGGCGGUCAUCAAGCCUCGGGAGCCAACGAACUGUUUGCCGAAGAACAGGGGGAUGUACCAUGGUGGAAAUCUAACUUUUUUAUCUCACAACCUGUUUUAUUUGGCACGUGGGAUGGUGUUUUUACCUCUUGCUUAAUUAACAUCUUUGGGGUCAUUGUGUUUUUAAGAUCAGGAUGGAUUGUUGGCCAAGCUGGGAUUUUUAGUGCAGUAUUAAUUGUUUUGGCUACUGUGUUUGUUGCUUUGAUUUCUGUACUUUCGGCUGUUGGAAUAUGUGAACGCUGCCGGAUUGAAAGUGGAGGCGUCUAUUUCGUGGUGGCCCACGUCCUCGGCUCGAGAUUUGGAGGGUCUUUGGGACUGCUGUACUGUUUCGGCCAGGCCGUAGGCUGCGCUUUAAACGUCUUGGGUUUUGGGGAAUCAAUGGCCGAGCUAAUCGGAUUUGGAAAUUCGACAUGGGCUGUUAGAAUCAUUGCUGGUGCGGCUGUUUUGUUAUUAAGCGUAAUAAACGUUGCCGGCGUCAAAUGGGUAAUAAAACUCCAGUUUAUCCUCUUACUGAUUUUACUUUUGGCGGGACUUGAUUUUAUGGUUGGCAGCUUUGUUCACACUGACGUCGAAAAUGGUUUUGAGGGAUGGUUGGAAGGCAACGUGAAUAAGAACUUGUGGUCGAAAUAUGAAGACGGCUACAGUUGGUUUACCGUUUUUGGGGUGUUUUUCCCCACAAUAACGGGGAUCUUGUCUGGGAUUAACAUGAGUGGUGAUUUAAGAGCACCAUCAACCAAUAUUCCAAAUGGAACGUUAGCAGCGAUUAGCACCGGAACUUUCCUUUAUUUAGUUUUUGUCGUAUUCCUGGGUGCAACGUGUCGUAGAGACGUGUUACUCACCGAUUUUAUGAUCGCCGCCAAAGUGUCUGCCAUUCGUGUCUUAUUAUUAGCUGGACUUUACGUCUCGUCUAUGUCCAGUUGUUUAGGAGCCAUGUAUGGAACUCCACGUGUUUUACAAUCCAUAUCAUUGGAAAAUGUUAUUCCAGGAAUCAGUAUUCUAGGAAUGGGGAGAGGACCAAAUAAAGUUCCCCUAUAUUCCAUGGCUGUUGUUGCAGCUGUAACGUUGACAUUUAUUUUAGUAGGGGAAAUUAAUACGUUAGCACCAAUUGUAACAAUGCCUUAUUUAUUGACAUAUGCAUGUAUAGAUUAUUCAUAUUUUGCUUUAGCACAAACAUUUGAUAUACAACAUCAAAGAGAACAACGAUUCGAUCGUCCAAAAAUACACCAAACUUUCGUCGAGUCUAGCGACAAUGAUCUAGACAGACUUUUUCCAGAACGUACGAGGCACAAAACAUUGCGAAGUGAGUCAAAUUCUGGGUCUCCUACCACUCCCGAUGAAAACAUAGAAACAAUACCCAUUGCCCCUAAAGCGCACAUCCAUUCCAAACUUAAGAAUUGGUAUUCCAACUUGUGCAACCGUUGGUUUUCGCUAUUUGGGGCAGCUCUAAAAAUCCUGAUCAUGUUUCUGGUUAACUGGAUUUACGCCAUCGUGUGUAUUAGCGUAGUUUUCUUGGUGUGGUUGUACAUCGGUACCGCAAAUCCGGCAGUUAAACCGGGCUUAGCCUCUGAAUUUCGCUUUUUCAGAUGGUUGAAAACGGUAUUCUUCAGAUGCUUAGGGAAACGUGUGUACGAUUACGAACAAAUUGUGGUAACGCCUGUCCACCCAGGACUCGAUGUAAUGUCGUCGCAGCUUAAUGAGGAUAACGAAGACUUUUCCAACCGCCGAAGAUACCAUCAGUCGGCAACGGUGCACGGUCACAUGGUUGCGAUAGACGACUAACUGGUCUCAGGCAUUAUUUAAUUACUUACAACACUAACUGUAUAUAUUUUUUGUAAUUAUGAGAUAACAAGAUCUAUGUAAUUAUACUGACGUUUUAAAGAA